UGGACGUGUGCGGGUCGUACUUCAAGAACCCCUGCUACGUGGGCACAUGCAUCAACGAUCUCAAGGGCUCCUACUCCUGCAUCUGCCCUCCCAACCACAUUGAAAGAGCUACAAAUUACGGCUUCCCAACCUGUGAUCCAGCGGAUACCACUGCCACCAGCAUGACGGUUAGUGGAGACAACUGGCAAUGUUCGGAUGUUUAUCCGAGUGUUGGCAUCUCCAUGAACAACUUCUUUUCUAACAAUCCGGGGAUAAACUGCAGCCAGCCAUUGGACAAAGGCACUAUUCUUCAGCUUGCUGGUACUCCUGGCACACCUUGCACUGCCUUCUUUUACACGAUCAAG